AUGGCGGAAUGCAUCAUGAUUCGAGGCCUUUGGCUGUUGGGGGAUGCCGAGCAGAGGCUCAUGAUGGACCUCGUGACGGUGGAAGAUGUCUUCUACCCAAUGAAAGGUUGGCACAUCGACACCCGGGAUGGCCAGCAAAGCCUUUGGUUCCACGAGAACCACGAGUUGCCGGAGCCGCCGGAGAAGGGCUGGCAGUUCUGGCACAAUGGGCGAUACCACCAGAGCAAGCUGUGGUUGGUGGAUGUCGACAAGGAUCCCAUGAUCGUGGAGGAGGCGGCCGAGGAAUGCGGCAUGGAGGCUGAGCAGGACCUACCGGAGGAGCCCCUCUUCGAAGAGGAGGACGAACAAGAGGAAGUGUGCAUCGAGGAGGCCCAUGCACCGUCUUGA